AUGGACCUUAAAAAAGCUUAUGAUACCGUUGAUUGUGAUUUUUUAGAGGAGAUACUUGUGGCAUUGAACUUUCCAAUUAAGUUUGUGAUGCUGAUUAUGAAUUGUGUGCGUACUCCUCGGUUUUCCUUGCUUUUAGAUGGCUCGCUUCAUGGUUUCUUUGAGUCUAAGAAGGAUUUAAGGCAAGGGGACCCUUUAUCUCCUCCUCUUUUUGUCAUCUGUAUGGAAUACUUAUCAAGAACCUUAACUAAGAUAAUGUUAUUCUGUUUUGUAGAGGAGAUUACAAAUCAAUAUUGUUGUUGCUGCAAGGGUUUAAAAGAUUUUUUUGACACUUCUUGUUUACAAGCAAAUGCUUACUCUUGUGAAGUUCUGAUGUUUAUUCAUCGCUAUUGGGCUCAAGUUAUGAUCCUUCCGAAGGCCCUAUUGGAAAGAAUUAACCAAAUAUGUCAAGCUUUCCUUUGGCGUGGUACAUAUGAGCAUAAUGGCCCUUGGUAUUUUUCUUGGGGAGAUGUAUGUAAGAAGAAGAUUGAAGGUGGUCUGGGCUUGAGAAAUAUUGUUUACUGGCAUAUUGCAGCUAUUGGGAAACAUGUUUGCCAUAUCUCAAUGAACAAGGAAAACCUUUGGGUGAAAUGA